UCCACGUCGGGCCGGGUGCGAUCAGCCCAAAAUCUGGCCCGGACCCGCACUAGGGCCCUCGAUCACACCCACCGCAGCUUUGUUUGGCCGCUCCGUCGCCGUCGAAGCCGAACCCGCCGCCGGCCUCCUCCUUCUACCGAAGGCAGCGGCCAGCCUCCUUCCACCGAAAAACGGCAGGCAGCCACUCGCACUCCUUCUAGCGAUGUGCGGCAUAGCCCUCGUCCUCUCCGGCGACCGCCUACUCGUCGUCCCAUCCGCCGCUACUGGCUCAUCGAAAACCAGGAACUCCGGCGAGGGGAACGGCGUGUCGGUGGACGAGCUCAAGGAGGCCCUGCGGCGGCGAGGCCCUGACAGCCUUGGCUGCAAGAGGCUCCAGCUUUGCGCGGACGGCACAAUUCUAGGGGUUUAUGGCUGCAAUGGUGGAGAAGAGGAUAUAGGUGGCACGGGUGUUGCUGAGUUGUUCUUCAUCGGGGCAACACUGCAUCUCCGGGGAGCUGAGCCGGUUGCACAGCCCUUGGUAUCCCCCUCCGGAAGUGUUCUUGUGUAUAAUGGUGAGAUAUAUGGAGGACUUCAAGUUGCCGAUGAUGAAAAUGACACUCGAUCUCUGUUUUCCUCACUGGAAUUUUGUUGUUCGUGUGACUGCCAUGCUCUUAAUAGAGAUAAAACAUGUAGUUGUUGUGGGAAUGUAGGCAAAUCAGUUCCGCAAAUCCUUUCCACAAUCGAAGGCCCAUGGGCUUUGGUAUACUGGCAGAUGGACUCAAAUACAUUGUGGUUUGGCCGUGAUGCAUUUGGACGAAGAAGCCUCUUGGUACAUUGGCCCACACCUGAUGAUUCUCGCUUCAUAUUAUCAUCAGUGUCACCCCCUUCAUUGGGGAAGAACCAGCCUGCUUCAACAACAAAUGGUUUGGUGUCAGAUCCUGAUUUGUCUGACUGUACCAAAUCUAGCUACUGGGAAGAGCUUCCUUGUGGGAUAUACAGCAUCCACUUGAAAGACUUAAAAGAAAAUGGCACAAAUGUGAAGGAAGGAUGUAUUAUCGAAUUUAGGAAACAUGAGUGGACGGAUUCUUCAUUGAAUAAAUUAAUUCAGUGGGAGAGGAAAUUCACUGUUCCUAUUGUGGAGAACAAUUCUGUUGACGAAGGGAACCAUCACUUGUGUCAGAGCUUCGUAAGCUCAAGAGAAGCUGAAGAAAAUACAAAUUUUGGGGUUGCGAAGACAGAUCUGCUGUCAGAUUUUAGUUUAUGUGCUGCAAGUUGUAUAACACAGUCAGCACAUAGAGUACUGGUUGCAUUACGGGAAUCUGUAAUGCUGCGGGCUAAUGUGAACACACUCUUCCAGGUGAGCAUACAAGGUGGUCUAAAUAAACUCAGGGACGACGAGUUAGCCCCAAUAGCAGUCCUUUUUUCUGGUGGCUUAGACUCCAUGAUACUUGCAGCAUUGUUAGACCAGUGCAUUGAUUCCAAAUGGACAAUUGACUUGUUAAAUGUCAGUUUUGACGGGCAGCUCGCUCCAGAUAGGAUUUCUGCAAUAUCAGGACUGAGGGAGCUUCAGAGGAUCUCCCCGCUCCGAAGAUGGCGUCUUGUCGAGAUUGAUACUGCUUUGACAGACUUGGAAGGGGAAAGUGAGCACGUGAUGUCACUCAUACACCCUUCAAGUACCUAUAUGGAUUUAAACAUUGGUAUUGCCCUCUGGUUGGCUGCUGGUGGGGAUGGUUGGGUUGAUGGGAGUACAUGUCAUAUGAAAGAUGGUUCUCGCUAUAAGUACAGGUCAACAUCUAGGGUCCUUAUAGUCGGUUCUGGGGCCGAUGAGCAGUGCGCCGGUUAUGGUAGACAUCGGACCAAAUAUAGGCUUGGAGGCUGGAAUGCACUGGAUGAGGAGAUGAGACUAGAUGUGCAAAGAAUAUGGAAAAGAAAUAUGGGAAGAGAUGAUAGGUGCAUCUCCGACCAUGGCAAGGAGGCUCGUUUUCCAUUUCUUGAUGAGAAUGUGAUAAAAACUUUGUUGGAAAUUCCGUUAUGGGAGAUUGCUAAACUUGAUGAGCCUGUGGGAAAGGGUGACAAGAAGAUCUUGAGAGAGGUUGCAAGGCUGCUGGGCUUACAAGAAGCCGCUCUUCAGCCAAAGCGAGCAAUCCAGUUUGGUUCAAGAAUAGCGAGGGAGUCAAACCGCAAGAAUUUCGGGAGCAACCGGGCAGCGAACCAGGCAUCAGCUGGCAGUGCGCUGGAGUCCGCGGGGUUCGACUGCGCGCACCGCUCGGCGGUGGACGCGCUCGUGGACGUCGUCCUCCGCUACAUCUCCCACCUGGGCCGGUCCGCGGCGUUCCACGCGGGCCUCGCCGGCCGCGCGCUCGCCAACGAGCUCGACAUCAUCCAGGCGCUCGAGGAGGUGGGCGCCGACACCGACGGGUUCGCGGGCGCGGCCGCCACGGGCCACUGCCUCGUUGGCUCGGGAGUCGUCAGGGACCUUAUGACGUUCGUUGAUUCCAGGGACGAGGUGCCCUUCGCGCGGCCGCUGCCCAGGUUUCCUGUGCCGCGCAUGCAGCCGCAGCCCUCUGCCAGCUUCGCGGUGGCGGGGCGGGAGACCGGGAUGAGGCACGUGCCGGAGUGGCUCCCGGUGUUCCCGGAUCCGCACACGUAUGUGAGGACGGAGGUGUGGGUUGAUCCGCCGGCGACCAAGGACAGGGUGGACAAGGUGGAGCAGGUGCGGCAGCGGAGGAAGGCGGAGAAGUCGCUGCUCAGCUUGCAGCAAAGGCUGGCGCUCGCUGGUGCUGAUGGGUUUCGUCCAGCAAUUUCGCAGGAUAGUGCAGAGAAGGGGAAGGAGAUACAGGCAGCUGGGACCAAGAGAAAUCCAUUUCUUGAGCCAGCAUUGCCGCCUGGAGAGAAGGAUGUGUCCGAGGUUGAUAUGCCUCCUGAAAAGAAGAAACUAUCUGUCCUUGAGGCAUUCGCCCCAGCUAUACAGGCAGCAACCUUCAUGGAGCUUGAUGCUGGGACAGGUGUGGACCAGAGUCAAAACCAAAGGAGCAUCGUGCCAAAAGAGAGGGCACCGGUGCACCUUAAAAUUGGAAUUGACAAGAAGCCGUUAGCGGCAGCACUUAAUUCAAAAUCCCUGGAUCUGAGGGAGGAUCCGUCCUUCUUGAAGGAGGAAGCAAAGGAUGACCGGAAGCGGAGGGCUGGCAUGAUAUUAAGGGCAUCAAUGGAGAACCCACAGGAGCUCACUCAGCUUUAAAGUGGUUUGUGGAGGAAGUGCAGUACCCUGAAUGGAGUUGCGUCAUGGUGUGAUUGGGAUCACUGGAGCUAUGGAUGUUCCGGAUUUAUGGUGGAACCUCGAUUUCCAGAAUCUUGAGGCCAGGCAUCCGUGAUGCAACAUUCCUCCUGUUGGAACAACAUCAGAAUCAAUACUCAACCUCGCUAACCUGCACCCAGGCUCUCCCACCUCCACCUGCUAUUUCCCUAAAAUCACCAGACGCCGAUAAACCUGCCGCGUGUAACUCAAGUUCCAUCAUUUCCCCUCAUCGAACCUGUUUCUGUUGGUAUUUCGCCUGUAAACCCACUUCGCACGGAGCUGAUUUGGGAGGCCGUGUUUUCUUCACCCCAGACAUGGCAUCCAAAGAAUGAUGCUCCUGACUUCUGUAGCUGUAUUCCCUGGUAGGUUGGAGAGAUAUUUGUACAAAAGCUGACCGGAUCCUCCUGACCGAGACUCUUCACAACAGGAUUGAUGUACCUAGUGGGUUACUCACUAGAGCCAGCUUCUUUUAUGCAAUAUGUUAGCCUAAUUGCGCAGUAUGGUGUCGCGCAGCUCCCAAUACCCGAUAAAGGAUUCAUUCGUGAGGAUUGAUUGAUUCUACAGAGAUUUAUCCUCCAUGAGUUGUAAUGCUUUGUAGCUGGUGUUAGUGCCCCUUUUCGGGACUGUAAUAACAGUGUACUAUAUGAUCUUCUUGGGCCUUUGUUCCCUGUCCUGAGUUUCUAACAAUCUACUGAUUUGAAUC